AUGGGGAGCGUUCUCGAUAAAAACUCUUCUCAAGUGAGGAAGCGCAUUGAAUCUCACACCUUUGAAGAUGAAGGCGGAGAAGAGUACGAUGCCAGUUCCUUCAAUGGUUUCGGCGACUACUUUAGGCGCAAGAAGAUCAAACUCCAAAAUCUGGAUGCCGAGAUGCGCGAGUCAUCAGACAAGCCUCAGAUCUUCAAGGGCAUCGUCGCACACGUUACUGGCUACACUCAACCACCUUUGCAUGUCCUUCAUCGCGAGAUUGUGCAGCAUGGCGGUGGAUUUCUCCAAUACUUGGACUCCAAGACCAUGGCCACUCACAUCAUUGCCUCAACACUGCCCCCCAAAAAGUCUGUUGACUUUAGUCGAUAUCGGAUUGUCAAGCCCACAUGGAUCAUGGAGUCAAUCGAGGCCGGACAGCUCCUCCCUUGGUCCAAUUAUCGUGUCUUGGACGAAGGACCCAGGCAAAAGGUGCUCAAAUUCGACAGCAGUGGCGGUCUCACACAAUCAACUCCCCGUCCAAAGCAGGGCUACCGAGAACAGACGGACGGCAGCUUUUACACCAGCCAGCUUAAAGCCGCAUCACUACCCAGCCAAGCGCUUAGUGAGCUUGCCGAGAAGGCGCAAACUCCAGUACGGCCACCAGCCGGCGUUUCGCCUAUUACGCCAAACACAAUGGAUAUCGACAGUCCAUCUUCUGAGAGGCUAAGCACGCCUCUGGGGCGAUUAUCACGAGAAUCAUUGCCACUAGGGUCGAAAGAUGCUGGGUUUGCAGAAGAGGGCCUAGGUGCGACGGAAGCAGACAGUCCUUCUAUGUCUGCAAAGCAAACCAAAGCCCCAGACACAUCAAAACCAAUGACUUCAGAGGAGCACAAUGCAUGGUUACUGUCUGAUCCUCGGUUACGAAAGUCGUCAACCGCCAACCCCGAUUUUUUAAAGCAGUUCUAUUCGGAGAGCCGAUUACACCAUCUCUCCACUUGGAAAGCAGAACUGAAGUCAAAGAUGCAGCGACUCGCUGCGGAAAAGGGUCUUUCAGGUAUCAAGAUCAAAAGACGGCCUGGCUCAAGACGAUAUGUUAUGCAUGUCGACUUUGACAGCUUCUUCUGUGCGGUUUCCCUAAAAAAGCACCCAGAGUACAGCGACAAACCGACCGUUGUCGCACACGGCACAGGAUCAGGAUCCGAGAUCGCAAGUUGCAACUAUCCAGCCAGAGAAUUCGGUGUCAAAAAUGGCAUGUGGAUGAAGUCGGCACUUGAAAAGUGCCCCAAUUUGAAGGUUCUGCCCUACGACUUUCCUGCGUACGAAGAAGCAAGCCGCCAGUUCUAUGAAUCGAUUAUGAGCGUAGGCGGAUUGGUACAAAGCGUCAGCAUUGAUGAAGCUCUAGUCGAUAUUACUUCCAUCGUGAUGACGAAUACCGGUUCUCAAGGCACUGGACAAGAUGGUGGGAACAUCAGCAGAGAACGUGACAUGGCAGACAGCCUUGCCAGAGGCCUUCGUGAAAAGGUCAAGUCGCAGACGGGCUGUCAUGUUUCCGUUGGAAUUGGCGCAAAUAUCCUACAGGCCAAAGUAGCCCUGAGAAAAGCGAAACCUGCGGGACAGUACCAAGUGAAACCAGAGGAGCUACUUGAUCUGAUUGGAGACCUGAAAGUUGAGCAGCUCCCUGGAGUCGCUCGGAGUAUUGGUGGCAAACUUGAAGAAAUCGGCAUCGUUCACGUCAAAGACAUGCGAGAUUUAUCAAAAGAGCGUCUGACAACAGUGCUUGGCCCAAAGACGGGCGAAAAGCUCUGGGAAUACGCCCGCGGUAUCGACCAAACGGAGGUCGGAGAGCAACCACCACGCAAAUCGGUUUCAGCAGAAGUCAGCUGGGGCAUUCGGUUUGUCAACCAAGCGGAGGCCGAGGAGUUUAUAUAUAACCUCUGCAAAGAACUCGAAAGGCGGCUCUUGAACGAGCAGGUCAAGGGCAAGCAGUUGACCAUGAAGAUCAUGAGAAGGUCGAUGGAUGCACCUCUUGAUCCUGCAAAGCAUCUAGGUCACGGCAAAUGCGAUACCUUCAACAAAAGCAUCACCUUUGGUGUUCCCACCAACAGCUAUCAAACCAUUGGCAAAGAAGCCAUUGCAGUACUGCGGUCCUUCAAGUUCAGCCCCGGCGAUCUUCGUGGACUCGGAGUACAAAUGACGAAACUCGAAGCUAUCAAAGCGAACGCAGGAGCACCGGAUGGAAGUCAGAAGAAACUUGUCUUUACUGCUUUUGCGAAACCGUCUCCCGCCAGGAAGCCGUCUACGACAGAGCAGAUUGAUGAGAUAGACAGCCCAGAGAAGCCAAAGAGCACGCCAAACCGUGAGGUCCAGCUGGACCCGAUUGCUGAUGAUCCCUUGACACCUCGAAAGCAAAGGAUACACCCUGCUAUGGCUCUUGCCAGGGCCAGUCAAGAUGAUGCGAAAGCAAAGACUCCUCUCAAUAUUUCUGGGACGCAGUUCAUUAUCCCAAGCAACGCAGAUCCCUCUAUCCUUGCAGAACUGCCGAGUGACAUCCGCAGCAAACUCAUGGCACAAAAGUCGAGAGCAGCCGAGGUUCGCGCUGAGUCUCCCGCAUUGAAGUCGAGGUCUCAGAGCCCGAUGCCGCUCGACAUGAUGCCGUCUCAAGUCGAUCCUGAGGUGUUCAAUGCACUACCCGAUGAUAUGAAGGCUGAGAUUCUCGCUACCUACGGGCAACAGCCAAGGCAGACCACUCCACGUCAGUCCCCCAGGAAAGACCGCACUAUCCAGCCAAAGAAGCCCAGUACACCUACGAAACGAGGUGGCGCGAGAGGCUUGUUUAGCAAGGCUCAGCGGCAAAAGGAUGCCCAGGCUGGUCUGUUGCAGACUAAUUUCCGAGCUGCGGCUUCUGUGGGCGACGCCUUUGAGGAGGAAAUCGAAGAACUCGACCCAGAGUUCCUCUCGGAACUACCAGAAGACGUGCGAAAAGAAGUACUUGCUGAUCAUCGGCGCCGGAAACUGGCCCAACAAUCAGGACUUGAUGCUCCCUCGCGGAAGCAGAAUACUCCUGAUCCCGAGGGGCUACUGCCAGGUGGCCAGCGUAGAAUUCAGUUCGCCCCAGUGCCACGCAAGGUCACAUUUCCAGGUUUAGGGGUCAGUUCUACUCGAGAGGUCAAAGACAUGCUAGACGCAUGGCACGGCGAGACGAGGAAGGAAGGGCCUCACCGAAGAGAUGUUGAAGUUCUGGAAAAGUUUCUUGUGCGAGUGAUUCAGGAAGAGCGCGACUUGGAGAAGGCAACCAAGUUGGUCAAGUGGUUGGAUGUUCUUGUGGAACAAGAUGGCCGAGAUGGAAGAGGCCAGGAGUCUUGGAGACGGUCAGUUCAGAGUGUCAAGGAUGCUGUUCAGGGUGCAGUGAAGCAGCGAGGCAUGGCUCCCCUGAAGCUGUGA